AUGGAUUCAAAUGGAGAGAUAAAUGACCUAUAUAGUCAUUCGGAGUUGAUUAAUGAAGAAACGGAAUCAAAACUGGCAUGGGUUAAGAGGUGGUAUCAGCUAAUCGCCUCCCCUUUAGAUUUGCAGCUAGUAAUAAAUGAAAAGUUGGAGAUGAUAGAUUGGGAUGCGUAUGCCAAAAGCCUAGCUAAGCCAUUAGGGAACUUUUUAACGACACUUUUUUUUAUCAUGAGACUCUUACAAGACAAUUUGAUCAAGCCCAAUUAUUACAAGCUUAAUGUCAAGUCAGACGCUUUCGAUCUUUCCAAAUCUAGCAAAUUAAAAGAGUUUGAUCAUUUAUGGGAAAUAUCUUCUAGUUUUCAAAAUGGUAAUCAAUUUUAUGCUUUUCAAUCUUUUUAUUUCAUUACUCUCAGAUUUAUGGAUAAUCUUUUUAAAUGUGCUAUUAUAAUCUUUUUGUCCCUAAACCUUUAUCUAACUUAUAGAUUCAUGUUUGGAUAUUUUAAAACUUAUAAUUUAUUCCAUUUGAGAAAGGAGUUCAAUUCUUCAAACCUAACUAAACAUAACCUGAGUUACUUGAGUAAAGAAUACUAUGAAGAUGUUUACAAAAAGUCAUUGUGGUCUAUGUUAAAGCAUUUUUUUAAAGGAUCUGGCGAUGAUACACCUCAUAUUGAUCAAGAUGAUGAUGAAAUAUUCUAUCAGUUAAAAAAAUGGACUCCGACCAAGUUUAUGAUUAAUCUUUUUGUAUCGUUCUCACCAACAGCGAUUGUAUUUUUGAGCCUUUCCGAUGUUUCGUUUACCACUGUGAUUGCUUUGAUCUUACAUCAAUAUAUCUUAGAUUAUGUCAUAACUAAUAGAUUCCAAAGAAGUGUGGAAGAUGAGUUGAUCUUAUCAAGUGCAGCUUUGCAAGAAUAUGAAGACAAGCAUAUAAUGUCACGAAUAAAUCAAUAUAGUAGCAAGGACACCAUAUCAUCUAGUAGAGGCGCUAAAUCUAAAACACCAAGAAUAUUCACCACUCAUUCAUUACGUGGAGAAGAAAUUAGAGAGGUAUAUAAUUACAAAAAAAAGGAAUUUGAGGUAUUGCCUAAAAUAACUGACAAUUGGCGAGGACCCCGAGAAGCCAGAGUAAAAAACUUUGAAGGCAUUUCUCAAGUAUUCGGUAAUGACAUCCAUUCUUUUGAUUCCCAGCUUUCUUCCCAGCUCUACCCAUAUUUCGGCGAGAAAUUUCCAAACAAUGAAUAUAUUAGAUUAACAUCAAAACAAAAUUCAAAGAAGGAUGAAGCUUACCUGCCAAAUCAAGACCAGAAUACAUCAAAAUCUUUGAGCCCUUUAAGAAAAACACCCUUGAGCACAAGACAGAAAAGUUUUGAAGGUUCAGAAUUGAAUGCAUUGAAUAGAGAUGGUAUCAAGGUCAUUCUUUGCUCGCCAAAAAAGAAGAACAUUAACAAAGAAUAG